AUGGGAGACGAGAAAAAAGCAGCAUGUCUCAAAGAGACCCAAAAACUCCUACAAGCAGGAUUCAUAGAAGAAUUACGAUUUACAACAUGGCUCUCUAAUGUGGUUAUGGUAAAGAAGGCCUCAGGAUACAAUAUCUUAAGUUUUCUAGAUGCAUACUCUAGAUAUAACCAGAUUCUAAUGCAUCCACAAGAUAAGAAUAAAACAGCUUUCAUCACCGAACUUGGAAACUAUUGUUACAAAGUUAUGCCUUUUGGACUUAAGAAUGCAGGUGCCACUUAUCAAAGACUCAUGGACAAGGUCUUCAGUAAGCAGAUAGGAAGGAACUUUGAGGUCUAUGUCGAUGACAUGGUUGUCAAGUUAAAACAAGACCACAACCAUGAUGCCGACCUGGAAGAAAUAUUCAAACAAGAAAGACAACACAACAUGAGGCUCAAUCUUGAGAAGUGCGCUUUCGGGAUCCUUACAAGGCCCGAGGUUUCCGGAAGACUCAUCAAAUGGUCAAUAGAACUAUCCGAAUUUGACAUAACCUACGAACCAAGGACAACUAUCAAGGCUCAAUUCUUAGCAGAUUUCCUAGCCGAGUUAACGGACCAACCACAGCAACACUAUACCUGGGAGCUAUACGUCGAUGGGGCCUCAAAGGCAGAAGGAUCAGGAGCAGGUGUCUUACUCACAAACAAGGACAACUUACAAAUUGAGCAAUCGAUCAGAUUCACAUUCCAAACAAGUAACAAUCAAGCUGAGUAUGAAGCUUUGCUCGUCGGAUUACGACUCGCUCAGUCACUAAACAUAAUAGACCUGCAAGUAUAUUGCGACUCGCAACUCAUCGUACAACAAGUAACAAGACACUUCCAGUAUCUACAAACCGAAGACACACCAACAACAUCCGCAGACCCUAAAGCAUUCAAGAGGCGCGCCACGUCCUUCACAUUAAUCGGGGUAGACCUAUACAAAAGAGGUUUCUCCCAGCCACUCUUAUGCUGUCUAAGCAAAGAUGAAGCCAAGGUCGUCAUGGACGAGGUCCAUGAAGGAGUAUGUGGGAACCACAUAGGGGGAAUGAGCUUAGCAUCAAAGAUAGCCCGAGCAGGAUAUUAUUGGCCAACAAUGAAACAAGACUGCAUCGAAAAAGUAAGAAGAUGCGAUAGUUGCCAGAAGCAUUCCCCACUAAUACACAACCCAACCAAGCUCUUGCACACCUCGGAGGUAAGCUGGCCAUUCUACAAAUGGGGGCUCGACAUCCUCGAUCCAUUUCCUAGAGCCCCUGGGCAGGUAACAUAUUCACUUAUAGCAAUCGACUAUUUCUCAAAAUGGAUUGAAGAUAUACCCUUAGCCAAAAUAGGGGCCGAUAAAGUCCGAUCAUUUAUUUGGAAAACUAUUAUUUGCCGUUUCGGAUUACCUCAUGCUAUUAUUACUGACAAUGGUUGGCAAUUCACCGACCAAAACCUGGCAGAAUUUUUACAGGAAUUUCGGAUUAAACACCAUUUCUCAUAA